ACCCCACCUAGCGGGGCGGAAGCGGAAGGUUAAAGACUCCGGCGGCGUCUGUCCUAGCGGGCGGACCCAAGGGAGGGCGGCAGCGUGGGACGGCCCAGAGGAACUACAGGGACAAUUGUACCUGGAGCCACCACUGGGAUUUCUGACGGGGCCUGGCACCAGGAGGCCACUUGGGACCUCCCGAGGCGGGGGGAGGGAGGGGGUCUGGGAGGGUUUGCCCAGGGACCGUCCCUCCGCUAGCCACACCCAGCACCCAAGACGUCAUCGGUGUCAUCCUUUCCGCCUACACCCGGCAGCCAUCUUGACUUUGUCUUGGUCCCCGGCGUUAGACGGGAGUCGGUGGCUGGCUUCUGCCGGACUCUUUGCCAGUCUCCCAGCCACUCUCGUCAAGGCGUGAGCCCUUCCGGGGGCAUUACCGAAGGCGAGAGUGCUGGGGCCCUGCGCCCCUCACGGUUCCGCUUCCUUUUUCUUGGAGUUCGCCGGCCCGAGUCUCCCGAAGCGUUGGGGGGAUGGCUUCCAUGAGAGCGCCGCUGACGCCUUGGGGUAGUUACUGCAGCACUGGCGAGCUGAUCCGGGACCGGGACGGACGUCUCCCUGCACGUCACACCGACGCUGCGGCGGCCAUCUUCUUCUGUUCAUUUUUCAGAGGCGGCGGCCGAGGUCUGUCCUGUGGCGGGCUCAGUGUCUGAGGCCGGAGGUGAGGCCAGGAGUUCGAGUGUGCAGCCCCGGGGCCCUCCCGCAGCCCUGCUCCGCUUCCCCGGGAUGACAGACCGCGCGCCUCCCCACAAGCUUUACAACCAGGCUCACGGACCCUUGCGCCAACCGAGGCAGCGCUUGCCGAUGGAGACAGGACCUGAACUCGAGCCCCUGCUCUCUCUGUUGCUUCUCCCAGCGCUCUGGCUCAGUUUUCCCAUCUGCCUGAUGGCUUAUGGGAGAUCCGAGCUCUGCUGGGGUCUGGCCGGUGACCAGGCCAUAAGGGGAACUCCAGCCUGCAGGACAAGGCAGCCACACCGGGCGCAAUUUCUACCCCUAAGCCAAGGGGGCUCUGAGGCCUAGUCUAGGACUACGGUUCCCAGGAUGCUAUUUGGCGAUCAGCCGCUGUUGCCAUGGAGCCCAAGGGAAGACAGAAAGAAAGCAUCCGCCUAGUGCGUCACGUCCGCUUUCGACUUCGCAUCUCCUCUCAGACGCCCGGGGCCGCCUCGGUUCGGCUCCGUAUUCAGCCGCCACCACUUGGCCCGAGGCGUGCCUCCCAAACCAGGUCGCGCCUCGUGACGACGACGCUCUUCCCCUCGAAGACACUUCAGAGACAGGAUGGCCCCAGUGCUCCCGAUGGCUCGGGCCUCCCAGGGCUCGGUGACCUUCAAGGACGUGUCCGUGGACUUCACGCGGGAUGAGUGGAGGCGCCUGGACUCCUCCCAGAGGGAGCUGUACCGGGAGGUGAUGCUGGAGAACUACUGGAACCUGGCCUGCCUGGGACUCGCAGUUUCCAAGCCCGAGGUGAUUGACCGGCUGGAGCGAGGGGAGGCGCCGUGGAUACCCGAGGCCAACGGCGGAGGGCACAGACGCCGCCAUGGUUCGAAAAAAAAUACGGUUGAAAGCAAGGAAUCGAGUCAAAAACCAGAACAGUCGUCCCGGGAGAGACUCCCAAGAGAUGGUCUUUCUGGUUCCAGUUCGGAAGAGGCUUGGAAAUAUGAGUCCUGGAUAAAGAAACAGCAGAAAAAUCAUGAGGAACAUCCUCAGCAAGUAAAAGCUACUCAAAAGAAACCUUCCCAAAAUGUCAGUGGUCAUAAAGAUAAUGAAAGUGAUAGAAGCAUAGAUGUGCAACCAGUCAUAUUGUCCCAAGAGAAAAUAUCAGUUGAAAAGGAUUUCUGUAAAUGUGAUACACACAGAGAGAAUUUUAGGCUGUAUACACACUUGUUAAAAUGCAACAAAAUGUACCCCAAAAAGAUAUUUUCUAUGUGUACCGAAUGUGGGAAAUCCUUCAGGUAUAAUUUGGCCCCUAUUGAAAAUCAGAGAAUCUGUUCCAAAGCGAAAGAGUAUAAAUGUAAUGAAUGUGAGAAGGCCUUCUCUUGGAGAUCACAACUUAUUAAACAUCAAGCAAUUCAUACUGGAGAGAAACCUUACGUAUGUCCGGAAUGUGGAAAGGCUUUCCGGCAGAGCUCCCACCUUACUCAACAUAAGACAAUUCACACUGGAGAGAAGCCUUAUGAAUGUGAUGGCUGUGGGAAGACCUUCCGCCAGAGGAAGGGACUUACUGAACAUCAGAAGAUCCACACUGGAGAGAAACCCUAUGAAUGUAACGAAUGCGGGAAGACCUUCCGCCAGAGGAAGGGACUUACUGAACACCAGAAGAUCCACACUGGAGAGAAACCCUAUGUCUGCAAUGAGUGUGGGAAGGCCUUCAGUCAGAGGACAGAUUUUAUUCGUCACCAGAGGAUUCAUACCGGCGAGAAGCCCUACAAAUGCAACGAAUGUGGGAGGGCCUUCUCUCAGAGGAAGGGGCUUACCGAACAUAACAAAAUUCACACCGGAUUGAGACCCUAUGACUGUAAAGAGUGUGGAAGAGCCUUUGGUCAGAAGACGGAUCUUAUUCGACAUCAGAGAAUCCACACUGGAGAGAAGCCUUACAAAUGCAAUGAAUGUGGAAAAGCCUUCUCCCAGAGGACUGGGCUUAUUGAUCAUCAGAACAUUCACACCGGAGAGAAGGUGUACAAGUGUGACGAUUGUGGGAAGUCUUUCCGCCAGAACAGAGGACUCUCUGAACAUCGGAAAAUUCAUAGUGGAAAGAAAGCGUACGAACAGAAUUAAUGUCGGAAAUCAAUGUUUACUCAGCGUUGGAAAAUUCACACUGGAGAGAUCGCUUAUGAAUGCAGAGGAUUUAUUCAAAACCAGAGAAAAGCCAUAGAGAUGCCAUCAUGUGGGGUGGCUUUCUUCUGGUCAAAAUCGGAGACAUCUGGUCAACAUCUUCCCUUCCAGCCAAGCUGGAUUCUUUAUCGUCCCCCUAGCUAACAUUCUGUCUCCCAUUUCCAUAGAUUUGUGCACCCUCUAAUGAUUUCCCUCCUUGCUGCCCCUCUUAGUAUCCCUACCUGCCUUUGGCUUGGUUCAAGUGUCAUCUUAUGCCAGAACCAUUUCCUGAUUUCCCCAGUUAUUAGUCCCUGCCCUCCCCAAGAAAUUUAUUGUGUACUUUGUCCAUAUUUUAGACUUAUUUAGCACAUAGUGUUGUUUUCCAGUAGCAGGAAGCUCUUGCAAGGCAGGAAUCAUCUAAAUCCUCAGGGCCUAGCAAGUUGCUUGGAAGAUAGAAAGUGAUAAAUGUUGGAUUGAAUAUUUGGGAGAAGGCUUUCCUCGAGGAAGAAACAGGAUCACAAUGAGUUCUUUGGGACCUCGGCAAUCAAGACAUCAACAAGUGGUCAUCCCGUUUUCACUUAACCUAUAAGAAGUUGGGGACCUGGCCCCUGUCGUGACAGUUCAUUCCACUUUUUAGCAAGUUUUUUCUGACAUCAACUUUCCUUCUCUGACUCCUGGUUCUAUCUCUGAGGUCAAACAGAAAUCAAAUCUUUCCUCCACAUGAUAGUUCUUCAAGUACAUGAAGACCCCUCUCAUACCUCCCUCUUCCCUCUCAGUCUUCUCUUCUCCAAACCAAAUACCCACUCCCUUCAGCUAAUCUUCCUAGGACAUAGACUCUAGCCUUUUAUCAUCCAGUUUGUCCUCCUCUGGAGGAUGAAUGGUCUAUUCUAGUCCAGAAUUUCCCCAGGAAUCAAAGUCAAGUCCUCUGGCCUAUAGUUUGUGGAUUCUGUUUUCUUCCCUCAUUUGCCUAUCAGGACAUCUAAACCCGCUACUCCAGAUGUGCGCCGAUUAAGGCAGAGCACAGUGGAGCGGGCAUUUCUCCCAUUCUGGGAAGCUAGGUCUCUGAAAGAGGCCACCGAUUCCUGAGUUUGUAGUUCCCUGAAGUUCCCGAUAGUUUUUCCUAACUGUUCUCUUGCUGUGACUCCCCAACUUGUACUUGUGAAGUUACUUUUUUAGUAUCCAAGUGAAAGAUUUUAUAGUGAUCUCUAUUGAAUUUGAUCUUAGUAGAUUGUCUAGUGCUCUAGCCUGCCAGGAUCUUUUGGAAUCUUGACUCUCUUGUCCACUGUAUCAUACUAAUUAUCCCUCCCAACUUGGGAUCAUUAACAAACCAUCUUUGCCUACAUUCACAUCAUUGAUCAACAUGUUAAAUAGCACAGGGCCAAGCAUGGAUCCUUAUGGCACUCCAUCCGAGACCUCCUCUCAUGCUAACACCGCCACCAACCACUCAAGUCCAUCCGACCAGCUCUUAUCCCGUGUGAUUGUAUUACUGUGUGAUGAAUAUCUCUCUGUAAGCUUCAUAAGAAUUUACUGGAAUCUUUUAUCAAAAGUCUUGCUGAAAUCUAAUUGAACUCUAUCCACAGCAUCCUCCUGCUCUGCUAGUUCAUUCGUCUCCAUCCCCUGUCAGAAAUGGGAAUCGUCUGGUACGAUGUAUUCUUGAUGGAGCUCUUGGUGAUCACUUUUCACUUUCUAGAUGUUUGUCAUUUAAUGGGUGUUCUAUCCAAGAAUUUCCCCAGGGACUGAAGUCAGGCUCUCUGCUCUAUCAUUUGUGGAUUCUUGGGCUCCCUUCUGCUGCUUUCUGUUUUCCGUGAGUGCAGACCAGUGGCCGGCCCAUCUGUGGAACAAAUGUCUCCAGAGCGAACAUCUCUGGGAAGACCUUGAGAAUUCUGGAAUUCAGCUUUCUGCUGGCUGCUCUGAAGGAAGUAGUUGCCCCCAAUUGCACCAUUUAUCCCAUAAAAUGGACACCCAAACUCCCAGUCCCUAGGAGAAUACUGCAGCUGAAGUGACGAGGACGCCCUGCCUGGCUGGCCAAGAGACUCAGAAUAAUUCGGAGAUGAAAUGGAAAUAGCUGUUUCACUCGUCUAAGAAAGUUGUGUCUUUUCAGUGAAGUGUAAGUGUUGUUCCUUUGUGAAUGCUUGCCUUUUAAUCUGUUAUCUGGAGCAGUUUCUGUGGUAGAGGAAAUAAAAAGCUGUCCUGUACAGCA